GCCCUCCUCCUUGCUCCACCAUAUAAAGGUUUUAUUAAAUAAAAUAUUACACUCUUUUUUUUGGGUACGAAAAUAAUAUUGUAUGUUUUAAAGCUUCAUUUUGUUGACGGGAAGUGGCACUUUCCUAAGCUAUGGCUCAAUCAAUCACAAGGAAUAUUGCUCUGGGAGGGAAUUCAGAGAGUUCUGAAGAGAACAAACGUCCUUCUUGGAAAGAAAAAUUAAAAGAUUUUAAAGAAAUUCUGAAUCCAGGAGGGAAAUAUCCUUACAGAUGGAAGAAUAUAUUCCUGUGGGCAUGUGUGAUUGCAGUGUCAACGGAUCCAUUGUUUUUAUACAUUCCAACAAUAUUUGAUCACAAAAAAUGUGUUGCACCAGACCAAAAAAUGGAGAUUGCAGCGCUACUUUGUCGAGCUUUCAGUGAUGUAUUUUUCAUAACCGAUAUUUAUUAUCAAAUUGUAACUAAAUCAGUUAUGAGCGAGUCCUUCGAAGUAACCACAAUAACGAGAAAGCUUUGGCGAUAUUCCAUCUCAGUUGAUGUUCUAGCUGUUCUUCCCCUUACACAGGUGGGAGUUAUAUAUUUAUUUUUCAAACGGAGUCUCUGGAGAUCUUUUGUAAAUUUCCUUCUUGUUUGCCAAUAUACAAUAAGGAUUGUUCGAAUGUACCUAGCGUUUAGUGAACUUAAAAGGACCCCAAAAGCUCUGGGCCCAAAAACUAAAGGUGUACUGAAUUUGUUUCUCUAUGUUACUUCCAGUCAUGUACUUGGAGCGUUUUGGUACUUUCUUUCAGUUCAACGACAGACAGCAUGCUGGCGAACUGCAUGUAGAAAUCAUCAUAUAAGCGCUUGUGUUCAUGCUAAUUUCGAAUGCACCGACCAUUUAUGGGCAAAGCCGGCAUUUCUGAAUGAAUUUUGCCCUGUAGAUCCACCUCAAGAUCCACCAAAUCCAGAUGUGUUUAAUUUUGGAAUAUUUACUGAUGCCAUUCGGCUACGUAUUCUCGGUCCAGUUGACUUUCCAAAAAAGUUUUUCCAUUCUUACCGGUGGGGCCUACAAAAUCUCAGUUCUUUCGGUCAAAACUUGAAAACAAGUCCCUACGUCUGGGAAGUCUGCUUCGCGUGUCUUAUUACUGUCAUGGGCUUGCUUCUGUUUACAUAUUUAAUUGGAAAUAUUCAGACAUAUAUGCAGAUGGCCGUCAAAAGAUCGGAGGAGAUAAGAAAAUCUAUGAGAAAAUCUAUGAGGAUCAAAGAUGAAGAAUUCAAGAUAAUUUUCGGCGACAAAUUUCCUCCGAAAUUGAAAAUAGUUUUAAUGGGAAGUAUUCAAAAUGCAAAUGAAAAUCAUGAAAAUAUUGAUUGGCAAAAUGUGUUGGCUUCCUUCAAGGGUCCAACAGGGCCUUUCACCAAAGAGGAGAUAGGAUUCAUGUGUAGGAAGUCUGUUUCCCCAGGAUUCGGGAAUGAGAAGGAAAUUCAAAAACUAAGUGCAGACUUGUGGUUGCACAAUAAUAACAUCCCCAGCUAUUUGAAGACUAUUAUCCGCCUUUAUGUGGAAUGGAAUUUGGAAUACAGCAAAGAUGUCAAUCUGCAGACUGUGCUCUCUGUUCUUCCCCUAAAACAUAAAGAGUCUCUCAAGAUUUAUUUUUGCUUAGCUACCCUAAAGAAAGUUCCAAUACUUCGAAACAUGGGAGUAAAAGUGCUGGAAGGUUUCAUAUGCUAUCUCAAGCCAGUGGUAUACAGCGAGCACAGCUACAUUAUUAGAAAGGGAGAACCACUGGAUUUGAUGCUUUUCAUCACACAAGGCGUUGUUUGGAGCUACGCAGCUAAGAACGACAACGAUGGAAGCAAUUAUGGUUUCACAAGCUUUAAGCGUCUCGAGAGAGGAGAUUACUAUGGGGAAGAACUUCUAAAGGAGACAUUAACAUCGCCUGAUUUAGUUUCCAGCUUUCCCAUCUCGUCACUGAAUGUCAAAUGCCACACAAAAGUUGAAGCCUUUGUUCUUACAGCCAACGACUUAAUGGCUUUUAAAUCUAAACACGAUUGGCUUUUCACUAACAAACACUCUAUCGAUCCAGCUGAAACUAAGUGGGAAUGGGCAAGUCAUGCUAUACAAAACGUAUGGCGCCGCCAUGUAAUAGAUCAUAACGCCCAAACGAGGCCGCUCCUCCGUUGAAUGGUGGCUGGUAUUUACUAUGUUAUAGCCAUCUAAGACGCCUAUUUGUAUCAUGUAUCAAAUUAAAUUUUCAAAUAUUAAUUUGUUAUUGUAUGUUUAAUUUCUUAUUUUCGUCGGAGGUCUUUGUAUCAUGUAUGAUGUACCUAAGCUAGCUGUUGAAUUUGUUUAGGCAUGUUUAAUAAAGCUUGACUUAUUUUUAAAAUUAAAUUAAAAGGGUUGAUAAAUGCUUGAAAGGUGAGA